AUUUUGGAUAGUAAAAAUGUACAAUUUAGGAAUCUGUACUAGUAGGAAUAAAUAAAUAGGGCAGGAGGGAGGAUUUCCUUAGGUAGGAUUGCAGUUGUUAAGUGUAGAAGGAAUAAUGGAAGUAGAAAAUGAUACAUGAUAAACACCACUGUAAUUGGUUGACAGCCAUCAAAGGAUAUUGCACUUGGUAGGCAAAAUAUGAGAAACCUAAUGUUUAUGUAGUCUCUACUGUCUCUCUGUCAGAAAUGUAUAGCUUAUAAGAGACAAUAGUAACUACAGUGGAGAAACCUGGUUAGACACCAUCUUGACCAGGUGGUCCCAAGCUCCAUCCCAUCGUCACUGAGAAGCGUAUGUCAUCGCUUCUGUUGUGUGCUUGCUCUCAAUGUGAACCCCAAGUCUAAUCACAAGAAAACAAUUUAGACAAAUCCAAACUGAGGGAUGUGGAACAAAACCAGCGGCCUUUUCAGAAAUGUCAGGGUCUUGAAAAGAAAGACAAACCGAGGAACCCGCCUGGAUUAGAAGAGACACCACAAGUGUGGCAGCCAGCAGAGUGUAAUUCACAGAUCUUCUCUUGGAGGCUGUGACUGAGUGGUGGGAAUACAAGGUGGGCCUGUGCUGGAGAAACCCACUGAAGGACUUGCUGAACCUUUCUUAGAUUUUGUGCCUUAAGAGGCAUCCGCCCACUCUUCCCUCCCAGCGUCAGGUUUGCACUGAAACCUGAACCUCCACCUUUUACCAACUGCCUUCCCAUCUCCCCUCGCAGGCCUUUUCCUUAAUAAACUGUGGGUUUAACUCCACCUUGGCAUCUACUUCUUGGAGAGCCAAGUUUCAGUGUAUUGUCCUUGGAUGGGGACCGGGGCCACAUAAUAGACAUUAGUGGCCCAACUGAUGUGAAAUUUGAAUAAGAUUAUUUAUAUUUAAAAUACACAGAAAUGAAAAGAAAGGUAGCAAAUGCUGCCAAGCUGAGAUUGAGUCCUAAUGAGGAAGCCCUCAUCUUGAAGGAAGAUUAUGAAAGACGACGAAAACUAAGAUUGCUACAGGUUCGAGAACAAGAAAGAGAUAUCGCCUUACAGAUACGAGAAGACAUAAAACAGAGACGAAAUCAGCAAUUUACUCGUUUAGCGGAGGAGCUAAGGGCAGAAUGGGAGGACUCACAAACUCAGAAAAUACAGAACUUGGAAAAACUGUAUUUGGCAAGUUUAAGAACUAUGGGAGAGGGACAUCGACAGGCCAAAGAAAAUGAACCUGACUUGGAUGCUGUGGCACGACGGGCAGCAGAAAGGAAAAGAAGAGCACAAAUGAGGCAUAAAGAGGCCCUAAAGCUACAGAAAAAUCAAAAAGAAAUAUUAACAAAAGAAAAAACCUGGCAUAUACAAGCUCGAAAGGAAGCCCUCCUUAUGGAAAAAGUGAGAUCUACCAAAAUUGCAAGUCUGCCACCUCCUCCUCCAACUCUUUUUGAGAGCAUUGAUGUAAAAAGAACAUCUGCAGUAAAGCCCAGUAGUUCCACCUACCAUCAUAUGUCCACUUUUGUGAGUAGAGAGAAGGACACAAAACAGCCAGAUGCUCAUUUGGCUGCUGAGGAAGAAGCUAAAAGAUUGGACGAACUACAAAAACAGGCAGCACAAGAGAAAAUGGAACAGUAUGAAAAGGCACAUGUACGAGGUUUCCAAGCUAUGCAAAAGAUCCACUUGGCUCAAUUCAUGACUCAGCUGUUGUUGAUUCUCUUUAUCUUGAAGAAUCAAGAGAAACUAAUGAAAGAGCUCAAACAGCUACAACAAGAGGACCUGGCUCGUAGGAGACAGACAGUAGCACAGAUGCCACCACAACUAGUUGAACUUCCAUACAAACGCAGUGAAAUGAAAGAAGACUGGCAGAGAGAGCUGGAAUUUGCCUUUGAAGAUAUGUACAAUGCUGACAGGAAGGUGAAAGGAAACCUGAUUUUGCACCUUGAACCAGAGCCUUUGCCUACUGUUACUGAUCAGAUUCAAGAUGAAGAACUGGACCUUUCAGUGGAGCAGGAAGGCUUAGGUGAAACUGAGAACCUUCAAAUGACAGAAGCUAAAAUAAUAUCUAGUGAACCAGAAGUUCCCUUGACAAUGAAGACCAAACAGGUCUCUUCAAAAAUUCUUUUUAAAAAAUUAUUAAAUAAGAUCCGAAGCCAAAAAUCUCUCUGGACAAUUAAGUCCUUGUCUGAGGAUGAAAGUGAAAUGAUCACAACUGUCAAUGAAAUGAAGAGUAAAGCGUCGACUUCUGAAUCAGGAACUGGGCAGGAACAAGAUGCUGAAGGUGACAGACUAACAAUUGAGUCUGGGCCACUUACUAGUGAAGACACACUACCCUCAGGCCAGAUAGACUCCAGAAAGGAACAAGAAAUAAAUGAGACUCUGCCUGUCACAACUGUAGCUCAGAGUGCAGUUCUCCUCCAUCCUCAAGAGGAAGCAGCCAGAGUUAGAAUAUCUGCAAGGCAGAAGCAGAUAAUGGAAAUAGAAGAGCAGAAGCAAAAGCAGCUGGAAUUACUUGAACAAAUUGAACAACAGAAGUUAAGAUUAGAAAUUGACUGCUUCAGGGCUCAGCUGGAAGAAGAAAAAGGAAAGAAAACACAACAGACUGAGGUUGGCGCUGCUACGGUAUCGUGCACUGUACUUCCUGAUGAAGACAGCCACAGGCAGAUGAUUCGCAAUUAUCAACAUCAGCUUUUACAACAAAAUAGGUUACACAAGCAGUCUAUUGAAACAGCCCGGAAACGGUUACUCGAAUAUCAAUCUAUGUUAAAAAGAAGGUACCCAUCCAUGUCAGCUACAUCAUUAGUAUCAGAUUCUGUUGUUUUGGUACCACCACAGAAACCCGAAAGACUCACUGCUGUAUCAGAACAUAGGGAUCAAAGUCAGAGACCUAAGUUGAGUCCUAAUAAAUAUCAACCCACACAACCCAUACAGAUCUCCAGAUUAGAACAUGAUCCUUUUCAGGUACAAAAACAAAGUCACUUUCCACAAAAACAAGCAGAAAGAACAGAAACAUUAAGCACUCCAGAUGUUUUAGCCAGGCAAUAUUUAGAAUCACAGGAACAUCUAAGGCAAUUCACACAGACUGAAACACAACAAAAAAACUAUAAAUCUUCUAAGCCAGAUGAACCUUCUUUAUUUCUGCCACUGCUUCCUCAGCGUUCUUUUACUUCUCUGCCUAUUAAAGUUGAAUCUGGAAAAACCCACAAACCCUUUUCAACCAUGAGCAAAAGUGCAGUUGCAGAAAGCCAUUCUGUAAUCAGCCAGAUGCAUUAUGGGCCUCUGCCAUUCUCAGAGAAUAUCACAGCACAGCAAAAUCAUUUGAAGGUUCUCCAAGAACAGCUAGACCUACAUAAGGAAGCUCUUCAGGCAAGACAGGAAGCUCAGGAACAACUGCUUUUGUGCAAACAGAAACAAUUGGAAGAGCAAAUUGGUUUCUCUCUAUUUCUUCCAUUGCAUUCGUCUGCUUCACUGCAUGGUGCCAAACCUGAAUCAGGGAAAAUUCAGGAAUCUUCUCCAAUCAAGGUGGAUACUGCACUUUCCUCAGGUGAUUCUGUGGUCCCACAACUUCAGGAUAGGCAUUUGAGUUUUUCACAGCCUGUUUGUUUACCACAGCAAACUAAUUUUAAAUUUCUGCAAGAAAAGUUGAAUAUUCAAAAGGAUAGCCUUCAGGCUAGGCGAGAAGCUCAAGAAGUACUAUAUAUUCAUAAACAGAGUCAAUUGGAUGGAAGAGUAGAUUCUGAACAGGCUGAGCCCUCCCAUCUCCCAUUUCAGGUAGGUCAGCAUGCAUUUACCUCGCCACCUUCUACUGAUACAAAAUCUAGAAAAAUCCAGGAGCAAUGUUUACCUACGAGCGAGAAAGGUUUUCUCUCAAGCCAGUAUGAAAUCACAAAAUCUGAAGAGGAGUCCUCAGGUUUCCUACAACAGUUCCUUCCUCUCCAUGAUAGUUUGAAGUUGCUCAAAGAACAGCUGACUGCACAAAGGGAUGCUCUUCAGGCUAGGCAUGAAGCUCAAAUGGAAUUACUUUUACAUAGACAAAGGGAUUUGAGGGACAGUAAGUCUGGGCACAUUUCUUCAUUCUCACCAAUGAUUGUUGGACAUUCUUUUCCUUCACAAGAUUCUGAUGCUGAGUCUAGGAGAAUUGAAAAACCUUAUUUAUCUGAGAAGGAGCAUGUAAGUCCUUCUAGUCAUUUGCUAGUCCCAACAUUCCAGGAUAAAUCUCUUAGUUUGCCACAGCAUAGCCUGCCACAGCAAGAUUUGACAGCACUGCACGAACAGUCACACAUACAGAGGGUAAUACUUGGUGCUGGACAGGAAACUCAACAUAAACAAAGUGCACUGGAGAAUAUCCAAGGAAAUACAUUUGAAGAAACUGGCUUGUCUUCCUUCAUACCCCAGUUAGCACAAGCUUCAUCUCCCUUACUGCCUUCUGAGUCUGGUGCAACCCAGGUAUUUCUUUCAACAGAAAGUGAUAAUAAAAUUCCAUCAAGCCAGUUUCAGAUCCCAGAACUGCAGGAUAGGCUUUUGAGAAUAUCACAACUUAUCCAGCCCCAGAAAGAUAAUUUGAAUGCACUUCAAGAACAGUUAGCUACUCAGAGGGAAGCCAUCUUUCAGCUCAGACAGGAAGCUCAGGAAGAACAACUUUUACAUCGAGAGAGUGAGUGGAAGGGAAGACUAUCUCCUGAGCAAGUUGCCACCUCUUCCUUACCCCAAGUAGCACAGCUUCCAUUUACUUCAUUACCUCUUACUGUAUCUGAAAGAACCCAAGAAUCUUGUUCAACUAACAGUGAUUAUACAAUCUCUUCAAGCCAUUCUGAAAUGCCAAGAUUGCCUGAUAGGCUGUUGGGUUUAUCACAUAGUGUUUUACCUCAGCAAGAUAAUUUGAUUUCACUUCAGGAACAUUUGCAUGCACAGGCGAAUUCCCUUCCUUCUAUUGAAAAAACCUCAAAAGAAUUUAUUUUACCUAGACAAGGUAAAUAUGAGGAAAAAGUAUCUAAUGAGCAUUUUAUCCAAACUCACCAUGAUGAUUUGAAGGCACUUCAACAGCAGUUAGAUAUCCAGAGGAAAGCCAUUCGGUCUAGGCAGGAAGUCCAAGAAGAAGUACUUUUUAAAAGAUUAAGUAAAUUGGAGAAAAGGGUAUCAUCUGAACAGAUUAGUUCCUCUUCCUUCUUACCCCUUGAUGCACUGCCUUUUGCCAGCUCUGAUAGAACCCAGAAAUCUUUACCAACUGAAAGUAAUGGUACUCUUCCCUCAAGUCAUCCUGAAAUCACAAGAUCACAGGAUAGGCUUUUGAGUUUUUCACAGCCUAUUCAUCAACAAGGUAAUGUGACAGCACAAAUGGACUUACCUGGAGAAGUGUGUUCUAGUAAGAGACCUCAAGAAGAACUACUUUUAAACAAAGUAAAUCAGCUAAACAAAAGUGAAUCUACUGAGCAUGCUAUCCCUACGUUUUUCAAGGAAACAGAGCAUUCAUUUAUUCCACUACCUUUUGCUGAAGCUAAAUCUAAAAGUAUAUGUGAAUUGCAUUCAUCUAAAAACGAACAUGCAGCUCUGCCAAGUGAUUCUGUAUUUCCAAGGUUUGAAGAUAGGCUUUUGAGUUUUUCACAGCCUGUCUUAGCUCAACAAGAUAACUUGGGUCUUCAGAAGCAGUUGGGUUUCGAAAGAGAAGUUCUGCAUUGUAGCCAGCAAGCCCAAGAAGAAUUGCAGGUACAGAGACAAACAGCAUUGCAGCAGCAGAUCCAGAAACAUCAAGAGACUUUGAAGGAUUUCUUUAAAGACAAUCAGACAAGUAAUUCCACAGUUGAAAAUGACUUAAAAAUGCAGAAGUUGGGGCACUUCGGAGAGUGGCUUCCUCGUAUCCAAGACCUUGCAAGCAAUGAUCAGGAAAAUAGUCGUGUAGAUAGGAGCAACUCUGAUUAUAAUCAGCUGCUUUCAGAACAUACUAGUGCCAAGCAAAGUGGUGAGCAUUUGGACAAAGAGUUGGGUAGAAGAUCCUCAAAGCCACCUGUAGCAAAAGUUAGAUGUGGAUUGGAGGUAAACCAACAUGAACUUAGUGCUAUACAAGAAGUAGAAUCACCAGCAAGUGUUAGAACUUCUAUACCAGGUAAACCUGACUUUUGUCAAGACAGAGACCCCAUGAGGGUCUCAAUAAGUAGAGAACAAAGUUUCCUUGGGAGCCCACUGGCCUGUGAUCCACUUGUUUGUCUUCAGUCAGUUGCCCAGGACAGUGUCUGUGGUGAUGAACAUGACAAAGCAGUUCAGGUCAAGGAGUCCGAGGUAGAGAAUCAUGCAGUAUUGAGUUUUGCUGUGGAAGAAGAGUAUCCCCGUUUGGGUCUAAUCGUAAAGCCAGAUGAUAAGGCUGAAACACAAGCGAUUUCUCCUGAGCCAAUAUCCUCAGAAACUGUUUCUACUGGGAGCUUUUUGAGUUAUGAAAACAUAGACUUGAACCUAACAGAUCCAGAGCACAUGGACUAUAGGAAACAAGAGUCUACCACUGGUAAAGAAGAGAAAACAGCAGUUGACCUUGACUUUCCAGAAUUGGAACACAUUUUUCCACAUUUGCAUCGUCAACUGUUUAGACCCUUAGAACCACAUCCAGAUUUUGGUUUGUCACCAUCAUCCUCCGGGAUUUCUCAAGACAACAGAGACUUUUACCAGGCCUCAGAUUCCUCAUCUGAAAUCCACGGUGCUACUGCAUCGUCCAAAAGAUCACUUUCUUUGACUGCACUGAGAACCAGCUUGCAUUCUCCCAAUACCAGCCUGAACCAGCAGACUAACCCUGACUUGGCUCUCGCUGCAGCUCAGAGUUUUGCUACAGAAAAUACUGAGGAACCUGAACAAUCUUUUCGGCAGCUUCUUUCAGAGUUUUCUUCACAAGAGGAGAGCCAACAUGUUGAUCUACCAAGUAUUUUUAGUGUGGAAGCUAGAUAUUCUUCUGAGGGCAUGGACAAUCAGAACUACCUCUCUGAAGAACAGACCAAAAUAUUACAUAAUAAGAAGAAAAGUGUUCAUUUCCAGCUAUCUGUAGAAAAUUUAAGUUCAGUCUGCAGUUCAUCUGAUGAGGCUAAUGUGUUUGAUCAGGUGCAUGUACAACAUAGCACACCAUGUGGUUCAACCUCUAGUGAGUGCUCAAUAAAACACCAAUUAGAAAGAAAAGAUAAACUGGGUUUUGAAGAACUAUCAAAAAGAGGUAUUGUUACAAUGUUACAAAGUCAAGAACUCACUGAAAAUGGACAAGAUGAAGCCUAUAGAGUUUUAGCUGUAAAUCCAGAUAGAGAAGAAGCUGAUUCCCAAUUAUGUAUAAGAACAGUGGAAAAGGGAUCUUCACUUCAGAUACCUGCCAUAGUACCCAUUCAAAAUGAAAAAUGUUUUGAGGACUCACCUAAAACUGAAACUCCAGAAACCUUAAGAAACCUAUCUCAACUGGCAAAAUCAGAACCCUUUCUAAGUUCUGGAUCAUUUUCAUUACAGAGCUCUAUUCCAGUCUGGGAGACAGAAUCUGGCCACGGGAUAAUGGAAGAACCAGAACUUACUUUAGUAAGCACCAGUGAUAUCAGUAUUGCUGAAACAGAUUUUGCAAACUUAACCCUAGAAGAAAAGGAAGAAAAUGAGGCAAAAAGCUGUUUCCAGGUGAGUGAAUUUCUGCCUCUUGUACCAGAAACAGAAACCUCUGAUCAUCUACCUUUAUCAGAGUGUUCUACGGAUAAGUCAGCAACAGUUUCUACAGAAACCCUACUGGAGUUUACUGCCAUACCAGGGAGCUUACAAGAAGCUUUUGUAAAAAGGAAGAAAUCAUUCAUACAACGAUCUUGCCAGAGGCAGAAAGAAAUCAGAAAUAAAAUUCGUAUCUCUGAAAACUCUCAGAUAAAGACAGCUAAGGAGAAGCCACCUACAGGUUCAUUUGUAAAUCGCCUAAAGGGUGUGAGUAAAGUUAGAGUAUCAGUUCCUGAGGACAGGAAGACUACACACCAAAGGGCUUUAAGAUUAUACAAUCAAUUAGCUGAAGUGAAACAACAAAAGGAAGAGAAAGCAAAGCAAGAAGCCUUUGCCCAAAACAGAGCAAGGGCAAAAGAAUUUCAUAAGAAAACACUACAGAAACUUCGAGCCAAAAAUACAUGGUGAUUUUCUACAAACCAGUGUAAAGUUUAUUUUUUAUACUGUAUAACAUAAGGCAAAAUUAUUUAAAGUCAAUAAUAAAUUUUUAUUUAACAUUAAGAAAGUCCCCAUGUUGCAGUUCCUUCCACUGUCCAAAGUCAUCUGGUUAGCUCUUUUAAAUCUUCGGCCCUGAGAAAGAGAACAACACUGGUCAUAAUACAUCAUGAUGUAUUAAGAGUGGCUCAAUCUUGUAUCUCCUCAGGAAAACACAGCACUACUACUGAGUGAUUAUGGCAUCCUGUGGAGAACAUCAGUCUUUGGUCACAGCGUUAAGAGCUCUUGGUCUCAUGGCUCCACAAGCCCUCUUUGAAAUGACCUUUAUUAUUUUUUUCUCAUGUGUACGUACCUUUUGAACAAACUGAUGUUUCACCGUGUUGUACCAGCCCUACAUUAAGAAUUGAAAAUUGAAAAUUUCAGGGAUGAUCAUAAAUUAAGAAUCAUUUCUGGGGGUUAGUUACAUACCUCAGAUCCUGUUACAUACAAACUGGCUACUAGCAACCCAUAAAAAUAUCAGUGAUGCACUGUAGUGAGAAUUUGAAACUGGCUAUUGCAAAACUUGAUUAAAUGUUCCCAGUAGGCUGAUUGCUAGCAAGGUAGCAGAGAGAAAGCCUGGUGGGAAAUUUCUUUAUGGUCAUGUCCACAGCAAAUGAGAAACUGCAUUCUAUAAGCCUUGGUAAUGACCUUCAACUUUCAACUUAUAGGUAAAAUUAAGGACAGUUAUACUUGCCACAAUUUCUGGUCUGUUAAUCCUCACUCGAAUUACAUAAUAACUUCAAAAUUCCACCUGUGAAAAAAUUUAUAUUUCAAACUUUGAAAAUUAGGUCCCAAGUUAUCCUAAAACCCAUUUCUCCACUAUGUAUUGGAAAUUUUAGGUUUAAUGCUGUUGCUUGCAUGUGUUCCAAUCCAGUUCAUUUUAACUAAUACAAUAAAAUUUGUAAGUGAAAGCUAAUUUCUACUUUCAGUGAUACCUCAAACAUGCAGGUUUUAGGUUCGCUUUCACCCUAGAGCUUUUAAAAUGUUUCUAAAUAAUUGCAUAGCAUACAUUCAAUGUGGAUGUUCAGAAAGGCUAUUUUCAUUCAGCCCAUUCAGAGCAGUUGAACAUUUGGCCCAUCAUCAUGACAUCACUCUUAAUCAUGAUACACACAUGACAUGUUGGAAUCUACUCUUUCAUAGUAGUAUUAAAUCAACUACCAGGUUUGACUGAAACAGGAUCUACCUGCAUUGACUUGAGGUUAUGUCAACCUUACCUAAAAUCUUUGGAAUAUAAUUUCUUCAAGCAAUUUACUCUUGGGCUCUAGAAAGGAAUAAUUAAGAAAAUACAUUGGUACUUUGGCAUAUGACCCAGACCUAGAAUAUGAAAUCUUGUACAAGUCAACAUUAACACACUACACAAUUUCAGAAUUGUUACAGGUCUCAUUGUCACCACUGCAAUUCAUUUGCUGUGAUGGAAGCAUAACCUGUAUCUCAAUUUAGCCACAUUAACAGUUUUUGGACACCAUGUUUAACAGUGCCCAUUCUCAUCUACAAUGAGGCCCAGUGAAUGUUCCUCUAAAACUCACUGUGCAAGUCUCUGCAUCUCUAGCAAUGCUCUCAACUAUAGGAAACAAGCAGCUAGAAAAGCAAGCCUUACUUCAUAGAGUAGAUGCACUUGCCUGAUUCUUGACACACUAGAAAAAGAAAAGAAAGCAUUAAAGAUUACAUCAAAGUGAACUGUAUGAAAAGAACAAAUGCUGGGGCUGGCACAGUGGUGCAGUAGGUUAAUCCUCCACCUGCGGUGCUGGCAUCCUUUAUAGGCGCCAGUUCUAGUCCCGGAAAACCUUUCUUUCUCUCCCUAAUUUUACCUCUCAAACAAAGAGCAAAUACUGUAUCAAUAGAAAUACCAGGUUUAACAUGCACAAAGCCAAGAAAACCAACGAUGCCAGAUACUGAAUUUCUAUUGCACUGUCCUUUGAACACCCCAGCAGGAAUAAACUGCUGUGUGCAGAUACCAUGCAGUGCAGUCAUGACUGAAGCCCUUCACUUUUUGCCAAUCUAUAAAACAAAUUCCAGUACAAAUAACCUGACCUUUAUAAACAUUUCCAAUCCAAUGCGGAAAAAACAUUAACUUUUAUCCUAGUCAUCUUUAUCUACUCUUACAAAUGACUAUUAAGUCAUUAUAAGAAAAUAUAGAUGUCAAAAACACUGAAGGUCAAACUGUCAACUUUUUAAGGUUACAUUUCUAUCAAUUCAAUUCCUAUUUAAUCAAGAUAUCCAGGUAGGCAUGGUUUUAGAUGAACCACGUGGAACUGUCACUUAAGAUUGACAACUAAUUAUUUAAUGCAAAACAAUGGCACUUAGGUCUACACAGGCAUUUUUCAUUUUUUAUUCCAAAUAUUUUUGCCAAUCUAUUAACUCAUAAUUAUAGUGUAUUAAGAUUUUGUAUUCAAGUCCUUGAAAAACAAAAUAAAUGCUUAACUUACCACCCAUGUGAAUGGCUGUAUUUUUUUCCUGUGAAAAAAGUACAAAAUGAAUUAUUUAGGGACCUUACAUAUAUAGCUAUAAAAUUAGACGAUACAUAUAUAAAUCUUGAGAUUUCAUUGUAUUAUAGCCACAUCCAGCUCGGUCAGAAUUAGGUUUUAGUUCAUGUCUGUAAUCAUUCAGCAGUUGAACAUUUAAAUUCAUCAUGUGAACUGUAAUUGAACUUCAAAAGAUUCCACUGUCACCAUUUAAAACUUACCUAAGCCAUCACUCAAAAAUAAAACUUAUCUGGGGUAUUCCAAUACCUAAGGUUAAUAAAAAAAAAAAAACUAUUAGGUCUUUCACACUUUGAUUAAUGAA